GAGUGAUUUUAUGACUGCUAAAACAAAUUGCUACAUGACUACAUGCUAUUUGUCAUCGUUCGCUGAUUUCAUAUCAUAUUUCGCUUGGAAAAAUAAUUAAAAUUCUGACUAAAUUAGACUGAAAGCAAGUGCAGUUAUUCAAUAUGCAGAACCCCAAUGAGGAUACAGAAUGGAACGAUGUUCUCCGUGCGAAGGGGAUUAUACCUCAAAAGGAGAAGGAGAUCUCCGAGGAUGAGAUCGUGAACAUGAUCGAGCAGACAAUCCAGCAGAAAGCAGCUGAAAAAGAUAAGCAGCUGUCCGAACUGGAUCUGGACGGUUUAGAUGAGCUCGAAGACUCAGAGGACGAAGCAGUAAUAGAACAAUACCGGCAGAAGAGGAUAGCAGAGUUGCGGAGAUUGGCAGAGCGACCACGAUUUGUUGAAGUGCGAGAGAUCUCUGGACAGGACUACAUACAGGAAGUCAACAAGGCUGGGGAUGGGAUCUGGGUAGUUCUACAUUUGUACAAACAGGGCAUCCAGCAAUGUGCCUUACUGAACCAGCACCUCCGAGCUCUUGCAGUCAAGUUCCCAUACACAAAGUUCUUGAAGGCAGUGGCUCAGACAUGCAUCCCUAACUUUCCUGAGAGCAACCUACCCAGUGUAUUCAUUUAUUUCGAGGGGGAUUUGAAGAAGCAGUUUGUUGGCCCCCACGAACUGAGGGGAACUGCUCUUACGUGUGAUGAACUGGAGUACAUGUUAGGUCAAGUUGGAGCGGUGGAGACGAAAAUAAAAGAAGACCCCAAACCAAAGAUUAAGGACAAAAUGUUCACAGACCUCGGCUCCAAUGAUUGGUGAUGAUGAGUCGAUGAUCAAAUUGGUCAACUGGUGAUGGACUGAGUGACAGACAGUAUUGCUUAAAGUGUGGUGUUGGUGCUUGAGUCGCAAUUUCACAAAUUAUUUAUUUUUCUGUUUUAUCAAGAUUUCGUUUUAUUGUAAUAAUGCUAGUACUUAUUGUGUACAAAUUGAGAUUUUGAUAUAAAUAAUUAACUGUAAUAAAAUAUUAUAUGGAAACUGUUUCAA